AUGAGUCCAUCCACUCAAAACGACAAUGUCCACGCAAACCGUUCUGAGAUAAUCGAACUCCAAGUCGGCCAACAACGCUUCACAGCCCUUCGGUCAACCCUCGUCGAACAAAGCACGUACUUCAAAGCCUUGCUCUCCGGCCGAUGGAAUGCUCGAGCAGACGGAUCUUACUUCGUUGACGCCGAUCCGGACCUCUUCGCCCACAUCCUCAAUUGCCUCCGUCGCCCCGACGUGUUCCCACUCUUCUACGACAAUGUCAAAGGCCAUGACUUUCUCAAGUACUACGCACUGUUGGCCGAAGCACGAUAUUUUGGUAUAGACGCCCUAGCUAAAUGGAUAGAAGACAGGGGAUAUGCAAAGGUAUUGAGCUUCGAGUACACGUUCGAAAGAAUGCCAACAAACCUCAAUACCCAGCAAGGUGUGGGUAUGUCCUAG